GCUUCGACAAAUUCAAGAAAGAAAACAAAACAGACACGUGUGUGAAAACAGAGGACAAUCGAUUCGGCCGAGAACUGAACCAUCACCACAACUUUAAAAUCCAUACAGUUCUGUGCCACAUCCAGUAUCAUGACACGUGUCAAAAGUGACUCGGAAUCUUCGGAGGCCACACUAGCCGUGCGCAAGAGUCGUCGAUUAAGCGGCAUCCGCCCCGAUCUGACCUUGCAACAAGCCCAAGCUCAAGUGGACAGUCCCCGUCGAUCCCGGCGACACUCCGGCGGAUCGGAUGUCUCGGACGCAUCCCACGUCUCGGCUAGCGAACCCGCCGCUCCUACCCAUGCCAACCCGGGCUUGACCCAAUUGGCGCCUAUCCAGGAAGUCGUCUCGCCCGUUAAAAAGGGCGAAAACCCGCCCUCGGCCCCGCCCAAGUCGAGUCAAGUGACGGAUAAGCGCGUAGGUGGUAUGAUAUCAGCGGUGACGAUUCCUAAGGGCAAAUGCAAAUCGGGUCGCUUUUGGAAGAGCGAUCGAGAUCGAUUCCGCUCGGUGAUCCAGAGUAAAGGCUUGAAGACCACUUUUGAAGCCCGCGCUCAUCGGAAAGAAGAGCUGCAACGCGUCAAGGCCUUUGAGCAAAGCUUGAAAGAUGAACUUCGUCAAAAGAAACUGGAACACCAACAACGCCGAGAGCACAAUCUGAAACGUAAGGAAGAGAACCAGAAGAAAUCCGAAGUCUAUCAGAUCAUCAAGAACCCGGCCAAAAUCAAACGCAUGAAGAAAAAGCAACUCAAAAUGUUGGUCAAGCGAGACGUUCUGGAUCAAGUGCAAAAGUGAUGUUCAUUUCCUACGAAUGCAUGGUCUACAAUUUAAACUCAUUUUUCAAGCUGAUCAAAAGAAUAAUCAUACAAUAUCGCGAGAA